AUGUCUAUUCCCCUGAUUCUCUUCGUCAUUCUGGGUAGAGCAUUGGGCGAUGGCCUUGUUUACAACCUCAACUUGAAUGUACCAAGCCGCCGACCAGAAUGGGCUGAAAAGCUCUCUCCCCACCUCGCGGCUUUCAGCAUAGAGAUGGAUCGCUGGCCAGACUGGGCCGGGCAAGAAGUCAGCAAGCCAAACGAGUAUUUCAACCAGCUUCUCUUAAAUCUAGGGGAAAGGACCGGGCAUAUGCCAUUCCUCCGAGUAGGAGCCAACUCGCAAGACAGAGCCACCCUAGAUCUAAGCCUCGAGGUCAUGAACAAGACCUUUCCGGAACCAACUGAGACUGUCCCCAACCCAGAGGCUGACCACAUCUACAUCGGUCGAGACUUUUACGCCUUAUCCGGGAACCUACCGGCCGGAACGCCCUUCAUGUGGGGUAUCAAUCUCAAGUCCUUGAACCAGACUGAGACUGUUGCCCAGGCCCGGUUGCUUGCCCAGACUUUCCAAGGAGACCGGGCUAACUUGACCAAGAAUGUGCGACUUGUUAACGUUGAGUUGGGUAAUGAGCCUGACUUUUACGGCUUGACGCGGACUGGACGCAAUGGGCCCUAUGGUGUUGAGUGGGAUGUUGCCAACUACACAAAUACUUGGACACAGUACGCUGAGGCAGUUAGCAAAGAGAUCACAUUCGACCACUCGGGUUUGGGUGGGCCUACACUGUCACCUGGAGCCUUUACCGGAUUCAACGCACCAGAAUGGACGCCAGCGGGACCCUUGCAGCUGGGCAUACUGAAUGAUCUGACCAUUCGAAAUGCGACGACUCAGUUCACAGAGCAUGCCUACUCUGGCGGCUUCGAUCCACGCCGUGUUGUGAAUCCCGGCGAUCUCAUGAACAAGAUACAUGUGCGCAGCAAUAUGACUUCGAAGAUGGCUGCCAUGGUCAGCCAGGACUGA